CGAUCCGAGGAGAACUUGAAAAAGAAAUGAUGCCAUCGGAAACCAGUGUUGCCAAAAUUGUCCACCGUAUCCAGCAUUCGAAGAAAUAACAAUUUGUGCCAUCUACCAUCGCGAAGUCGGAUUGCUGCCCGACGGUUAACGAUUCCCAUUCCCACUUCGGCAUCAAUCAUGUCACAGGACACGAAUAAAAUCGGUGAACACAUUUCCGUGCUGCUGGGAAUACGAGCAUCGUAUCUCGCAUGGCAUCGACAAGAUGAAAUCCACAUUGACGUGUUAUCCAAAUAAUAGAAUCCAAAUAAUAGAACGAUGCAAGCGAGGAUCUAAGAAGGAUAAUACAGUCAGUAAUAAACAGAUUAAAUAUGAGUUCUGGUGAAUUCUGCGAUAAUAUUGAUUUGCCAUUUCCGGAAGAAAUUUUAGUGAUUCACAAUUGGCAAUGGCAGCUGCAACGACAGCGACAGCUUCAAGACAAGAUGAAAAACAGAAAUUCGGUGGUUUUUACAGGAAUAGUUUUAAGUGUAUUGGUUGUGAUUGCUUCGAUUGCUUGCGUUUCCGCCCGGUUGAUUAAGAAUACAAACAUAGAGUACCGAAAUAGUGAAAGCGAUAGAAUGGAUUGGCAUUCUAUCCCAGGUGAUGACCACGAUCAAGACGACAACAGAAAUACUUACGAAAUUAUGAUACUGCCAGAUAGGGAAAGGGACGAUGUAUUGAUGGAUGAUGAAUAUAAUAGCAAUUUCGAUAUCUCCCACGACAGAGGUGGCUUCGACCAGUAUAAGAAAGGAAAAAUAGGUGUUGAUCUCAGUCUUUACGUUUGUCCACCAGCAGGUGAACACCUCGAAAUCAAUUUUUCUGACAUUAUUCCCUUCAGAAGUGCUGAUCGAUACCACAGGAUCAUGUUGGAAAAUAGCUCUCCAGGAAUUCUGUGCACUCUUGUGGAGGUAACGGUGGAAGGUGAUUUGCAACUCAAACCGAUUGGAAGAUCGUAUAACGGGCGGGGAUGGGAACCAUAUAGAGGUCAGCAUUCUGGAACUACCGACAUCAUACCCACUUCUUGCUCAGACGAUAGUUCAACCGAUUGUCUCAUUGACCUCCCUCCACUUUCGGUUGAACGUAAGUACGCGCUGAAAUCCUAUAGAUACUCGCUUGGAUCUAGGGACGAGGCUGCUCGAUUCCUGGAACGAACCACUUUCGGUCCCACUACGUCCGAAAUCAAUGCCUUUGUCGCCGAUGGGAGCAACCAUACCAAGUGGAUAACAGAUCAGAUACAACUACCAAUCACAUCUCAUCGUCAAUUCUUUCGAGAGCGAGCAAAUAAUUUUCAUGGAGAAACAACUUGGAUGGGAACCCUUGACUUCGGUCCGUGCCAACGGGGGGCGCGAUACCGAAGGUUCGUUUUUGUCGCAAAAGACAUAGGGCGAUAUCUAACGAUUUCUACAAGCUCGAUCGAUGCAAAUUAUAAAGUUUUGUCCGUAGGAGGGCAUGUCCGAUCGGUCAUUCCAGGACGAGUAAAACGAAGGGUCAGCACUAACAACAAAUUGGUCGUGCCCGAUGGAAGGUAAGAGCCAAGUGUCCGGUACUAUUGCCAAAGUGUUUACCGUUUCGAAAAAAAUCAUCCAACAAAAUUUCUCACCACUCCAGUCCUCAACUAUGAUUAAAGCUAUGAAAUUUGUUCAUUGGCAGGCGAACCAUGCAUUGGUAGUAACGUUGGUAUCAAGUUCAACUCGACAUGUUAUGACGCCAUUUUUGAUGGAAUUUAUGGGAAUCCAGUUCCAAAGCUCGACAAACAACACCUGUAUCUUGUUGAAUAUAUGGUGAGAAUUGAUGUCCAACAUACAAUGCCAGCAAUGGCGGACUUUUUUGAGGGAGAUACGCAAAUCAUGCAACUUGCCUCAGAUAUAUUUGAUGAAAGAUGCCCAAAGAAAACAACAGGAGCUCCCGAAAAAGUUACGAUUGCAACAAUUGGAGAGGAAUUCUGGAUUCAUACACCAUCCUUUCGACUUCAAGACAACCGACUUGAAGCUCCACUGGAUGAUGGUGGAAGAUCAGCCGUUGAAAAAAGCUCGACUGCUCCGUAUGACCGAAUGCGAGUUCAUUGUUCAAACGCACCAAGGACAUUUCUUAAUGAAGAUCACUGUCUUUGGUCAAAAAAUGCUUGCUCGUCUUCGGAAGAACAAAAAUAUUCGAAAGCUGCAAUUGUUUGUGGCAGUCCUUACGAAGUUGCGACUAUCCACAGCAUUGACUCGGGAAUCCAAGGCCGCGGGGGCUUUGAUCUCCUCACGAAGUACAACAGGACGCUACCGCUCAAACGCCUAGAAGGGCAAAGAGAGACGGUUUGGUUCGAAAUAUCACUGCAAGGUGAAGAUCAAUUACGACAAAGGAUGGCAUGGGCUCUUUCUCAGAUAUUGGCAAUUUCUCCAGACUCGCUUUCGGCAACAUUCCAAACCGAGAGUUUCCUGGCGUAUUACGACAUAUUUGGUGAGUCUAUUUUUAUGCCUCUGUUUAUUUCAUGGCAUUCAAUAGACGAUCCUAAUAGUAUUUAACUAUUCUUUCUUUCAAUUCAGUGAGAAAUGCGUUUGGAAACUACUUCGAUGUUUUGAAAGAGGUUACGUUUUCACCAAUGAUGGCAGAAAUGCUGACGUACAAUAAUGGUGUCUCUACAGGACUUGCUUGGACAAAACUGAAUAAACGUCACCACGCCGAUGAGGUAUGUCCGACUUUGGAUUGAAACUUUACAAAAACGAACUUUUUUUUUUCCAAUAAUGUAUUCUUGUAGCUGCUGACCUAUUAUUUCUCGCAGAAUUACGCUCGAGAACUCUUGCAACUCUUUUCUAUUGGUCUUUAUAAACUCAAUGACGACGGAACGACCCAAAAAGACCCAAGUGGCCACGAAAUCCGAACCUAUAAAAAUCAUGAUAUUUCUGAAUAUGCCAAAGUGUUCGUAGGAUUUAAAAAGCAGAGGAAGCGAGGUAAUAUUGAAGAUGGCGGACGUACACAUCACGAGGAAAACGAAAUCGAUCCAUUGCAAAUAAUUAUAGAGAACAAAGACUAUUUCCCGAAGGUACGUUUGGAUCUAGAUACAUCGCAUACCGUUCGUCAUUUUUCUGUUUUCUUAUCGCAGUUGCGACUUAUUCUUCGCUGUAGCUUGGAAUGGACAACAAAUACGUUGGUGACGGCUAUCCUCUUUGCAAGGAUCUGCCUCCGCGAAACUUUCUUAGAAAAGGCGCCACAUUCCGAUUUGUUGGGUCAAAUCCAAUGCCUGAGCUCCUAAGCGAACCUGAUGAAUGGUAUGGUAACGACCCGGUGCGUAUUUCUCUGGAUCCGUCAUCUGUUUUGAGAUCAAAACUUUGCAACAAGGGAGAGGGUAAAGAUUGCGUUCCAUCGAUGAAGUUGAUACUCGACUCUGAUAUUGACUGUUCAGGGGUAGAAUGUGUAGUAGAAGAGCUUCGUACUUUCGAGGUCGAGGCUGGUUCUGAUUUGUGGUUUGAAUAUAUUCGUCCACCUUGUGUCAAUCAUGCAUUUUAUGAGAAUGGGUUUUCUAUUCGGAGACAAAGGGGCGAGAUGGGACAAGCAAUGUGCGGUGAUCCAAAGACCUUGGCUGCAUCUACUGUAUGUUGUGACAGCUUUGAUACAUCAAGAGAUAGUUUUGCACGAGAAGAAUUGUUUACUGGAGAACGGUUGUCUUUUGCUUCAGCGAGAACCAGGUGCUCUUCGUCUGUAAAUACUGAAAUAUGUGAAAACCCUUUUGUGACAGAAGAUGAUUGUAAAAAUAAUGGAGGUUGUGAUGGUCUCGGGACAUUUUAUUGGUCUUCAGUGGGCUGUUCUUUAACAGCCAAGAUAAAUCAACAGGGAAAGAUUGCUAUUAUUCAUAAUCCACAAAUCGAAGGUACAACUACGCAUAGGAUGGUUCGAAAUGACACUGAAAUAUUUUUUCGCGUCAAUUGGCUUAAUCAUGAAAGCAACUCGUUGAUUCAAGAUCUCAUCAGCAACUGCGCUAAUUUCGGUUGCGUGGAUGAAGGCGACAACCAAUGUAUUUGUUCCAUAUCAACGCGUAACACAUUAGCAUUUGUCAGUCAGGAAGAUAUAAAGUCUGCAGAGGAAGUCUUAUCGUCCGCAACGGUUGGUGCAUUGAUUGAAAAUGAAAGAAAUUUCCUGCCCAUACGUGAGGUGGACGGAGUAUCGAUAUAUCCCGACGGAGAACUUACUGAAGAAACGGUAUUUCAAUUGAUUGAUUCCAACGGUCGAGUUCAUUACAGGAAAAAUAUAAUCAGUGAAGUUCAUAUUGGAAGAGGAUCACUGAAAUUUCGAAACCCCGUUACAUUCUAUUCACUUUCGGAACCCACCAUUAGAGAUGCGAGAUAUGAAAUCGACGCUGCGCUCCACCAUUCUUUUUUUCACGAGAAUAUGGCAACCUUCUUAGCUAUACGACUUGCUCAACGCUUUGGGGAAUCCAACCCGUCGCCAAGAUACAUCAAGCAGAUAUCAAUGGCAUUCCGAACUGGUGCAUAUCAGCAUUAUUCUAGUGGAUUGCAAAUUGGAAGUGGUCGUUACGGUUGCCUCACGGCAACAAUAGCAGCUAUAUUACUUGAUAACGAAGUCGCAGAUCCAAUUCUGGACGCUGAUCCUACCCAGUAAGUAAUGGAGAUAAGAGGAGAAAACGGCGUAGUAACAUGACAGUCACUUUCGGAACUAAUGGUGUCUUGUGCAACUUAUCAGUGGGUCAAUCCAGGAGCCAUACUUGAAGUUAGUGAAGGUGCUGAGAUCGCUCGAGUUUAACGCAGCGAAAGAUCAUCCGCUUUUGAGAGUAGAAUCAGACUUGCAGGGACUUAUUGGUCAGCAAAGUCACAAACUUCCAAGUGUCUUUUCUUUCUUCAAAUCAGAAUAUCAACCAGCAGGUUAGUUCGUUAUAAUGAUCGAUUGUGUCAAAAAAAUUCGACUUGUCAUUUUUUCCCCUGAUUGACAUCUUAUUUUUGCUACGUAUCUAGGGUGGGUAACCAUUGCUGGUAUGAGCUCACCUGAGUCUCAAGUUCUUUCGGGGGUAACAAGUGUUCAAAUGACGAACACAAUCAUCAGUUAUCUCAAGUACGGUGUCACCUCUUGUUUUGGUGGAUUUGGAGGUUCAAAGCCAAACAACUGCAGGGUAGGUGCAACAUUCCCUAACAAUGGCGAGAGCAGCUAUGAUCCAGGGAGCACCGGUUUAGCUUCGUCGAUGGAGAUCGUCGCAGAGCUCGCAACUCUUCUCACCAGCGGUCGAUUAGGUGAUGAAAAGCGUGAGAUCAUCAAAAAUACCUACGAGGAUACAAUUGCUAGUGGAAAGUCUACAAAAGAAGCUCUUAUCAAUGCACAGCAGCUUAUUAUCACUUCUCCUGAAUUUCAUACUACCAACUUAUGUCAUACAAUAGGUCGAAAGAGGUCUCUACCACUAUUGCCAGAACCCAACAAUAAUCCAUACAAAGCUGUGAUUUUUAUUAUGCUUCCUGGAGGCUAUGAUUCCUUCAACGUUCUUGUUCCAAAGGAGUGCAGUGUCACAAAUUCCCAGGGUAGAACUGUCCUCGACCAGUAUAUGGAACAACGUGGACCUGUUGCUUUCGAUGAAGCGUCAGGAGAAUUCAACUUGACGAUAAAUGCAACAGGAUCACACCAACCCUGCAGUCAAUUCGCCAUUCACGAUGAACUCACUGUUGUUAAGGACUUGUACGAUUCCAACGACUUGGCAUUCUUGGCAAAUGCAGGUAUCAUCAAUAAUCAAGGCGUAAGUAAUGUUGAUGGUAGUUUCAAUUUGUUUCUACAGUGUAAAUGUUUGAAUCACCAACUCACGUACAUUUUUCUAAACGCUGAUAGAUGACCAAAAGUAAUUACCAUGAUCUUACGCGUAGCCAACUAUUUGCUCAUAAUAUGAUGCAACAUGAAACUGCGAAGGUUGACCCUUAUGACAAAAUUGCGGGAACUGGCGUUAUGGGACGAGCAAAAGAUAUAUUAUCGAAAAGCGGAUAUCUUGUCAGCACGAUGUCAAUCGACAAUCCAUCAAUAGCAACAGAAGGUGUUCAUGGAAUGUCCCCACCAUCCACUGUGAUUGGGCGACGAGGAUACCAGAAGUUCGCAACACGACCAAAAACUGAGUCUGAUUUUGAUAUCGAACAUUACGCCCGAAUUUUAAACGGUGAAAUGGACGCAUUCAGUGGUAUUUUUGGUGAAACCUGGUCACAACAAUUCUCAACUGGCAUUGAGGAGGCAGAAUCAUAUCAAUCGAUUUUUGAUCAAGCGCGAUUAGAUAAUUCCAUUUGGAAAACUAGCGGCUACAGUAGGGAGGGAAAACUGGAACGAGAACAUCGGGAAAAAUGGUCUACUAUUGCAAAAGUGAUUCAGAAAAAGGAUGUGCGGAAGAACAACCGAGAUAUUUUCUUCGUGGAACUAGGAAGCUGGGAUCAUCACAACGAGAUGAAGGAUGGGCUGCGUCCACAGCUUCGUGCCCUAAACCAUGGCCUCGAAAUGUUUGUAGAGCAAGCCAAGUCCGACGGAUUUUGGGACGAUAUUACAGUGGUUAUUUCAUCGGAUUUUGGACGAACAUUGACUCCAAAUAGGUGAGAUGAAGAUGCAGUUGGAUUCAAGACCGACUUAUUGUUCAAGGUAUUUUUAAAUCGCUCAUCAUUAUUAUUUGUGACUUGCCUCAAUUCUUGAAAUGAUUUUUUAAUGUAGUAACGAUGGCACGGAUCACGGCUGGGGAGGCCAUUAUAUGAUAAUGGGUGGCGAUGUCCAGGGGGGGCAGAUUUUGGGAGAAUAUCCCUCCGACCUGACUCCAUCGGGAAGGCUCGUGGACGACCACGGUCGAUUUAUCCCGACCACGAGCUGGGAUUCGAUUUGGAACGGAAUCCUUGAAUGGACCGGGGUGACCUACCAGGCCGACCUCGAUUAUUGUCUACCAAAUCGUCACAACACGGCAAGCCCGGUCGAGGGUGGCGGAUACUUUCCCCUUCUAACUGCUAGCGCAAUGUUCAAGUCGUCGUCCCUGGGUCAACAAGAUCCAUCGCCGGAUGGCUCCAGGAGAAGCCUGCGGGGGAGAGAACAAAAUGCGAAGAACAGAGUUUGAAUUUUUUGCGUUGCUCGAGAGGAGGUUCACAACGAGGUACAUCAACAUAACAAGUAUCUAUACAUUAUUGUCAUUAAAAAAAAAGAUAUCGA